UCGGCUGUGAGCCUUGAAGGUGAGUGCACUGAGCACUCUGCCCGGAUCCGCGCCGCGAGCGUAACUUAGUUCGUAACGCGGGAGAAUGUAGAUUCAAUUCUAUUGUCAUUUUACACUUGUGAUUUUUGUAACAGAUGAACAAUUUAACGUAAUAAAACUUAAAGCAAAGUUUGGACAGUAAAUACAUAACAGACGAAAACCGAAACAAAACGAACUGUCCAUGCUGCGCUUGAUUUUACAAAGUGAGCAAACACAAAGGAGAUAAAUCUAGAACAGUUCUUGAACAGGACAAUGUUAACAAACAAAAUCAACAGAGCGGGUGAAACUUUCACAGCUAAGAAGUCGAAACUGUGUAUACAAUGUCGGUGGAGAGCAGCGAGCUCUAACAAGCCGGCCAUCCGAACUUGUUAAACGUGGCCGGGGAGUAAUUCACCGAAGCGGUCUCUAACUGAACACUCAGACAGUUUGGGGGCGUUCGCGGCUGUGUGUGGCAAGGCUGGGAGCACAGAUUUGUUUCUGCAUGGCAGGCCGCAGUGCUGGUGACGCGCGCCGCCCGGCCCGUGGAUGAUGGAGGCGCAGCCGCUGGGCCGGGCUCGCCAGGCGCCCGCCGCGAGGAACCACAUUGUCUACACCGACCAUAAAGGACGAAAAAUACCGUACGCUGACAAAAUCACUCCCGAGCCGAUCCUGCACAACAAUACGAGUCGGGACACAAAGGCCGACUCGAUCAGGAACAGCUACAACAGCCAGUUCAAAGUGGGCAUCUACGGCUGGAGGAAGAAAUGCCUCUACAUUCUGGUUACUGCGUUAAUGCUCAUGAUGAUCAUCAAUCUCGCGCUCACGCUGUGGGUACUUAAAGUGCUGGAUUUUAAUUCGGAGGGAAUGGGCCAACUUCGCAUCGUGCCCGGAGGCUUACAACUAUUGGGACAAGCUCUAAUGUUGGACUCUCUGUUCGCGUCCACCAUCAAGUCACGUCGAGGAUAUCCAAUUUACAUGGAAGCUUCUCGAAAUUUUACCGUUUCUACUAGAGACUCGCACGGAAUGCUACAGAGUAGAUUAUAUCUAGGUCACGAUCGUUUAGAGCUGAAUGUUGCUCGGCUAGAGGUGCGCGACGCUCGGGGGGCACUGCUGCUGGGUGCGGGGCAGGACUCGGUGACAGUGGGCGCCGACACGCUGACCGUGGUCAGCCCCGCCGGCGUCACCGUACAAGCCGCCGCGCAGACACCCCUAGUCAAAGCCCCCCCUUCAAAACCAUUGGUGCUGGAGUCACCGACGCGUUCGCUAGAGAUGCACGCGGCACAGAACAUAGCGCUGGAGUCACGAGCCGGCGACAUCAGCGCCAGCUGCCUCACCACCUUCCGCAUCAGAUCCGUCGCCGGCGCUAUUCGUCUCGACGCACCAAGUAUAUUUAUGCCAAAGUUAAAAUCGGCGUUACCGCUGCCCCCGUCAGCGGCGCACACGCACGACCCCCACCACCAGAACAUUUACCAGCUGUGCGCAUGCGCGAACGGCAAGCUGUUCCUCGCGCCGCCGCACGGCGUCUGCGCAGCUCGGGAAGAGAGCCUUAUAUGCCGAUGAUGAAUUUAUAUUGUGAUCCUGUGACAUUGUUGUUCAUUGACGCUUGUUAUGUAUUACUUUCGCGGGUUUACAUGCGCUAUGUAUGUUAAGAAGUCUGUACGAUCUUAGUUUAUAGUUGAUGUGGCAACGUUGUGUUCCAAGACUUUAUAGCUAUGAGUGGAUUUACAUGAUAUAGGUACGGAUGUAGGAAUCAAGCCGAAGGACUUUGAAUUGUAAUCGUGACACAGCUUGUUUUCGAUUGCUAGAUAAAUAUGAUAUGAAAAUGAAAUGCUAGAUAAAUAUUUAUGAUGACACAACUCAUGAUAGCAAUAAACCAAUAACACGUUAUCUCAACUCAAAAAAAUUGCUAGACAAGUUGUUAAUUUUUAAUCACCUGAUUGCAAUUUGAAGUCCAUUUAAUAUGCGCUCGAUGGGUUUGUAAAGUCUCAGCCGGUUGUGCUUAUCGUUAUAAACUGUGACAACUUGUGUUAAUUGCUUCGAAAUAAUGUUAUUGUUACUAACGAAACACGUGAAUCUUACAUGUUUGAUGGACAUAAUCCCCUCAAAGAGUUUUAAUAUAAUAUUAGGUAACAACGAUGUCAAAUAACUGUAACGUAGAACGAAUUAUAAAUAGGUGUAAUGUUUGAGCCCCAUGUUAGUGAGUUAUACUUGAUUUAUAUGUGUGGGUGUAUAAGCAGUCCCUUUACAGAGAUUGCCAUAAAUUGGUGGCGUGGCUUGUGCUUCACCCACUGUAUGCACCAGAAUAAUUAUGUGUUUGUGUAGCCAAUCGCUACAGAUAUUUCUUCGAAGUUUGUGUAUCACGUUCAUGGUUCAAAUAGCGAGGCUU